GGGCGGGCCCUAGAGGGGCGCAAGCGCACUGCGUUGGGAGUCUCGGGACCCUUUUGCGAGAGACUAUGGCGCUCAACAAGAAUCACUCGGAGGGCGGCGGAGUGAUCGUCAACAACACCGAGAGCAUCCUGAUGACUUAUGACCAUGUGGAACUUACAUUCAGUGACAUGAAGAACGUGCCCGAGGCCUUCAAAGGGACCAAGAAAGGCACCGUCUACCUUACCCCGUACCGGGUCAUCUUUCUGUCCAAAGGCAAGGAUGCCAUGCAGUCCUUCAUGAUGCCGUUUUAUCUGAUGAAGGACUGUGAGAUCAAGCAGCCCGUGUUCGGUGCAAAUUACAUCAAAGGAACGGUGAAGGCUGAAGCAGGAGGUGGCUGGGAGGGCUCGGCGUCAUACAAGUUGACCUUUACGGCGGGGGGCGCCAUCGAGUUUGGACAGCGGAUGCUACAGGUGGCGUCUCAAGCCUCCCGAGGCGAAGCCCCCAAUGGAGCCUAUGGGUAUUCUCACAUGCCCAGCGGGGCCUAUGUCUUUCCCCCGCCCGUCGCCAAUGGAAUGUACCCCUGCCCUCCUGGCUACCCCUAUCCACCGCCCCCACCUGAGUUCUAUCCAGGACCUCCCAUGAUGGACGGGGCCAUGGGGUAUGUGCAGCCUCCACCACCACCCUACCCGGGGCCCAUGGAGCCUCCAGUCAGCGGCCCUGAUGUCCCUUCCACUCCUGCAGCUGAAGCCAAGGCUGCAGAAGCGGCGGCCAGCGCCUAUUACAACCCGGGCAACCCACACAACGUCUACAUGCCCACGAACCAGGCUCCGCCACCUCCUUACUACCCCCCAGAAGAUAAGAAGACCCAGUAGACCCCUCCCGCCCCUGCCUCCCAUCCCUCGUCACUCUUCCCUUCCCUUCCCCUUGGGGCUGAGGCUGGGGCUAGGGGGGUGAUGGAAGGGCCUUGUUCUUCCUCCAGGUCUGAUUAUAAAACACUUCGCAGGGACUGGUGUUGAGGGAAGGGGGGGCCCCUUGACUCGGGAGCUGUGCCUCCCUGCUUCUCAAGCUAGCUCGGAGCCCACGGCGCCACUCGUUUGCGCUUCCCUCUCACCGUGUCUGGGGCUCUGCUCAGGAGCGCGGGCAUCCCUCUCGCUCCUGUCUUGCUCCAGUAGCUUCUGCCCGUGGAAGGAUUCUGGCCACCUGCGCUACCACAGUCCAGCUCCCUCGUUUUGGAAUCCACUUUAUAUUCAGCCUUGUGACCUCCCUCAGACCAGCCUCGCGUCUUCCUGAGGGCCCCCGCCGGGCCCCCCUCACAUUCCCUCCACUCUGGUCUGUGCCUCCCCAUGGAAGGCCACCUUCUCACAUUCCAGUCCCAGCCAGCCUCCAGCCCAGUCACGCUCACCUUCGCCUCCCUGUCCUGUCCUUGGUCACCUGUUGCCACCACUUUGACUUUUGGAGCUUUAACUUGAGCUUCCAAGGGGUGGGCGGCAUCAGGCUGGGCCGCUGCUUCCCUCCAGGUAUUUUUGGCUUUUGUUUCCCUCUGCCUUCUUUCCCUCUAGAAGGGGCUUCUCAGACUGGAGAAUGCAUGUUCAUUCCAUCAUGCCAUGUGGGGGCUUUGAGGUGGGUUGGAACAGAGGCCCCUGACCUGAGCCUGUGUGCUGACCAUGACCUCUCACCAGCCCCUCACCCUGCCCUCUUCCCUUUAAGCUUCAUGCCUAAUUGGUGAUAUGUCCCCUGGAUGCACUAAAAUUUACUCUCAUUUGCUUCUGGACUGGCCGUGAAGUGAGGAGAUGGUUAUUUAAAGAGAAUUCCCUAUUUAUUUGACAAACAACAACAACAACAAAAAACCCAGUUAAUAUAUUAAUGUGAAAUAAACCCUGUUUGCACCUUGAUUUGUUUGCUGAAAAUGUGAAGUAGUAAAAAUGAAGUGACUGGA